AGUGGUUCUUGCGCAAGCGCCAACUCAACCCAGCACAGGGGAGGCUGCGGGCUUGGAGGUGAGCGCAGCCCGCCGCGCUCCGACACCCCUUCAGCCCCAACCCCAGCCUUCUCUCCCAGGACUAGUCCCAGAGCCGGCUUCUUUGGCCCAGGGAUAGCAUUUCCUCUCCCGUCUGGCCGAACCGGGCAGUCGGGGGACCCCAGGGAGGCAGACGGUGUUCUGAGGUCGAGUAUGGCAGUACCCCUGGCCUAGAUAGAAACAUGAUGCCCGCUAGAGAAAGGCCGUGUGCCUGUGGUCAUGGCCCCCAUGAGGACCCUGGCAAGUGGAAUGGGGUCCGUUCCUACCUGCACCAAUUCUAUGAGGACUGUGGAGGUGCAGCCCACCCUGAGGAAGUGGAGGACCCUACUCCAAACAACCAGGAUACUUGUGACUGGUCCUCUUCCUUCUGGAAGGGAAUUGUGUCCUUGUCACUUCUCUUGCUGCUUCUGGGAGCUGCUGCCCUGACCACAGGCUAUGCUGUGCCACCUAAGUUGGAGGGCAUCGGAGCAGGAGAGUUUCUAGUUCUGGACCAGCGAGCAGCUCAGUACAACAAGGCUUUGGGCACUUGCCGCCUGGCAGGCAGUGCCCUCUGUGCUGUUGCUGCGAUCCUGCUGAGUACUUGCAUGCUCUUGGUCCUGCUGACCCGUCUCAAGCCAGAACCCAAGGCAGAACCUACAGACAGGGAGGAUGAAGAAGCCCAGCAACUGGCACCCAUCCUAUGCCAGAGGCCCCAGAGCUGGUGGGGACUUGGGCCCUGCCUCCAUUACCAUGAGUAUCCCCUUUGGUCCCUCAUGGAUCCAUACUAUCCAACCCAAGUACAAGUCCUAAGCCUCACUCAAGAAAUACCUACUAGUGGACAGGGGGUACUACUGAUCCAGAGCUUCUGGAUCUUUGCCCUUUUGAGGCCACUCUUCUGGUCUUCAUCCUUUUUCCCUUUACUCGUUGUCUCCUUUUCCUUCACAUUCCUGGUAGGACCCUUGACCCAAGGCUACUCACCCAGCCCCAGUCCCAAGAAGCUAGACCAAGGGGUAGAAUGUCCAGGGUUGGGGGCCUCUGCUGUUCCUUCCUACUGGGGAAGGGUCAACAAGGCAAGGUUCCCCAAAAGCACAACUUGGCUCCCUCUUUUUCUAGCCUGGAAUCUGGAUCUCAUGAACUCACUCUGCCACUAAAGAACUGUGUGAUCUUGGGUAAGUCUCUUCUCUUGGGGGUUCCUUUCCUUUCCAUUAGGGAGCUAAAAACUCUCUAAGGUUCUUUCUAGCUCUGAUUGUCUAUGGUUCUGAGUUUUAACAUUAUGUAUACCUUCUAGCUCUGAAAUUCUAUGUUUUGUGUUCUAACAUUUUAUAUAUUAAGGUUCCUUCCAGCUCUGGCAUUUUAUGGUCUGUAUUUUAAAGUUCUAUAUUCCAGGAUCAUUUCCAGCUCCAGCAUUCUAUGUUCUAAGGUCCUUUCUAGCUCUACCAUUCUGUACCUGACUCUCGGAGUCUCUGCCUCUCCAUAGAGAUGGGCAAAGGGAUUGGGAGGAGGGGGGAAUGAGAUAGGGCCCUUGUGGAUUUAUCCCUUGUCCCAAGAGGACUGUAUUUCCCCCUCCCCCCAGGAAGGCUUUCUGCCUCCUAUAAUAUCAUGUAUUAACAAUUCCUAAUACUUUUAUUACUUUUUAAAGCAAUUAUAAAUCUGUUGUCCUAUAAGAUCCUCACAAAAUUCCUGUGAGAGAGGCAGAACUGGGGUAAUUAUUUCUAUUUUACAGAGGAGGAAACCGAGGACCAGGCUGAGGAAGAGACUUUCCUGUCUCAAAGGGAGUCGGUGGCAGAGGUGGAAAAUAGACCGAGGUCACCCGAUUCCCACUCCAGUGCUAUUUCCAACGAACUAGCUCCUAGGGGUGGGGAGCUGGGCUUUCUGGAUGGAGACAUGAGUGUAUCCCUGGAAGAAAUUGAUGUCUCCAUGCUCUGCCCACCCAAGCCAGUUUCUCAAGUGUCUGCCUCCUGGGUCCAACAGCAAGAGGUAUCCUUUCUCCCAUCACCACCAGGGGGCAACCUGUGCCCAGGACUGGCAUAGGGAGGGAGUUGGAGUUCAUCCUGCUUAUCUGAAAAGCCACCUGGCCACCAGGAUCUCAGCUUCACUGGUGUAUGGGGUCACUGGCCUAAUCCCACUUUUGCCUAAUCCCACCGCCCUCUCUGUUUCCUUCUUCCCCUGUCUUUUCCCUUAAUAAAAAGCCAGGGUGGAUCUCAA